UAUCGCCUCUACUCAGUGUCAGUGUCUCUCGGAGCCAGUUUAUGCAGUAAGGUUGGACGCUGUUUACCGCAAGACUUUCGUUCUCUAGCACGUUUCAACGCAGUGUUCGUAGGUCUGGCCGAGUCGCCUGAAUGUACUGCCCUGCUGGAUUCUUCUGAGGCAGGCAGAGUAUCCCAAGAUGAGUCGAAACAAACGCAGAGAGGCCGCAGACACUAUGGAGAGCAGCUCAAACUACCGUCAGUACCACGGGAGUCAAGACAAUAUCCUCGGAGGUCGAAAUCGCCAGCAAGAGGAGAGAGCCGCGUUCGGUGACGCUCGCCUCAGCAGGAGCACUCCGUCAGUCGCCGCCACCCACGCCGCUCCUCAGUCGCCGAGCCGUCGUGGCGGAAGAGACGAGCGACGCGGCCGAUCGCCAGUCCGCAACAAGAUUAAGCCGGAUGGGCAAGCGAAGGCGCAAGCUUAUCGCGAUUCGAGACAGUACAAUCGCAGUCCUUCUCCAGCCAGAAGAACUACCGCUGGGAACAAUCGAAGCCGUUCGCCCGGUCGUGAGGCAAGAGGACGGAACAAUCGUGGCCAGUCGCCCGGCCGAUAUGACAGGGGACAGUCGCCCAGUCGGAAUACAGGGGCUAGAUAUAACAGAGGUCAGUCACCAAGUCGAAGUGCAAAUGUACGAAAUAACAGGGGUCAGUCACCAAAUCGCAGUCAGUCUUCAAAUCAAAACACAGCUGUACGAAAUAACAGGAGCCAUUCGCCAAAUCGUGGUGCAAACGAACGAAGUCGUGGUCGGUCGCCAAGUAGAAAUACUCGAGAGCAAUACAACAGAAGCCAAUCACCAGGUCGAUAUAAUGGCAGAAGGAACAGUCAGUUAUCAUCGUCCCGUGAAUUAGACAAGCACAUCGCCCAGCCCGUCAGCCAUCGCUAUGAGCCCAGGCACGGCCGUGAAGAAGGGAACAUCCUGUACUUCGACGCUGCAACCCUGGAGGAGGAAACAAGCACCGCUCGCCUAGAGGUCCUCAGCAUCGUAAUCCACGUCAUCGUCAUGGCCGCGUCGAUGAUGAUCACCAUUCCCAUGGCCCAAGUCACCAUCAGCUGGCAGUACGUGCGCCGACGAUGCCCCCUGUUCGUGGACAAAAACCCACAGACCGACGUGAACUGGGGCAACGAGAACAUGGCUCCCUGCAAUGUGACGGCCUUCCUCCCCCUCCUGGUGGCGGUGCUCUCGGCGUGCCUCGCCUUCUUCCACUGCAGCAUCCUCCACGCCUGGCGCAUGCGCGGCGACCCACCCAUCGUGGCCUUCUCCAAGAAGUACGCCAUCGCCACUAUGGUCAUCACUGCCGUCCAGGCGGUUCUCUCUCUGACCAUCGCGUGCACGCUCACGGACGGCUUCAGGCAGACGUGCCUCUCCUUCGAACUCAACCCCUGGCCCGACGUGAGGCCAGCGUCCUGCAGAGAAGGCUAUAACGACCGCGACUUCUCCUACAGACUCCAAGACCUCCACACCUUCUCCAAGAUCAUCAUCGGCCUUGUCGGCGCUUGGGUCUGCACCGUCGCCACUACUUUCCUCACGAUCAUAUAUUUAAUCCGUGCGAAAUUGUGCGCUUGCUGUGCGGACGAUUUUUAAAUUGGAGAUUUUUGUAUGUACACAACCUGUGAAUAAAUAUAGGAUUUUGUA